AUGUUAUAUCAACAGAAUAGUUCUAUGAAAGGUCCAUCUCCUGUAGAGUAUCAAAUGUCUAUUUCUCGUUCGGCUCAAUUUUGGAUUAUAUUUCCAAUUUACAUUCCAUCUGUAGUUUGCUCGUUAUUUGAUUUGUAUCAUUAUCUUAUUUGUCGGACUAUACGUCAAGCUCUACAUAAUCACGUUAUUACUUUUCUGCUUCUGAUUAAUCUGAUCAUUCAGUUGACAAGUAUACCUUUUACACUCAGCUAUUUACAUUUGGGUUAUGUCUGGCCGCAGUCACCUACCUUCUGCAUCUUUUGGACAAUAAUUGAUGAAGGACUUUUCAUAGCUCUCACAGCGUUCUUCGCAUGGGCAACCAUCGAACGACAUAUACUAAUCUUUCACGAUCGAUUAGUAUCAACUCGACGAAAGAUUAUCAUUUUUCAUUAUAUUCCGAUGGUCAUUGUUUUUCUCUAUUGCGUUUGUUAUACUCUUAUUGUAAUCGUUUUUCCGCCUUGUGAAAAUACUUUUGAUUAUGAUGAGCUCACGUGCGGUGAACCAAUUUGUUAUUACAAUGAAAAAUCAUUGGCUAUGUGGGAUAUCAUAGUUGAUCAUCUUAUCGCCGUUCUCAUUAUUGUCUUUUGCAGUUUCACACUAUUACUCCGCAUUUUGUACCAAAAAAGUCGAAUGCGGCAGACCACUCAGUGGAAAAAAUAUCGAAAGAUGACUAUCCAACUACUGGCCAUUUCGUUCUUGUAUUUCGUUAUUUACAUCCCGCAUAUGUUCUUGGAAUUUCUUCACAUAUGUUGCAUUCCAGAAGAAGUCGGUGCAGAUUUUAUGGCAUAUUCAGACUUUUUUUCGUACUAUGGAAAUCUCCUGUUACCAUUCGUCUGCGCUGGAUCAAUACCUGAUUUGAGAACAAAAGUGAAGAAUAUGUUUUUACUGCGUCGAAGACGAGUAGCAAGGAUUAUCUAUCCAGAAACAAUGACAUUAUCACGUCGUGCAGUUGUUCGACAAUAA